AGGUGGCUUUGAUCAUAUGAAUUUCCAGACGGCCAAUCAAAAGCAUAGCAAGAAAAUUUGGAAAAAAACCAUUGUCCACCCAAAUUGCAUCUUCACAUCCCUUAAAAUGGGAAAAACCCUGGUAAUAACAUUGCUUUCAAUUGAAUUCAGUGAUGUUAACCUGCAACUAAUACAGAUAAUGAUUGUAGCAACACUAACUCCCGCGGCAGUGAAUGCCGUCCAAGCAAAUAAAAAACUGUUAACAGUAACCACCGACUUUACAAUCUCUCUUCCAUAAUGCAAUUGGGUCCCACUUUUUAUGUUAGGAUAUAAAGGCUUUAGCGGAGAAAAUCCACAUGCUUCAACUGCUUUGGCGUUAUGUCCAGUCAAACAGUGGCGUUAAAAGGCGGUGCGUGGAAGUGCCAUAAACAGACCACAAAUUUCAAACUAAAUCAACAGCUUGGACUUUAGUAGACCAUAGUCCCACUUGGGUCCCAUAUUUUUUGUUUUUGCAAAUUAUUACAGACUUAAUCAUUCUGUUCUGAAAAGCUAUCGGUUGGAUUCCCCACACCCCCAAAUGGCGGCUACCGCUUGUUCUCACCAACGUUCAAUUUCAGUUGAAUUUCGCUUCAAUUUAGUCUUCAUUCUACUUUCAUUUGUAGCCCUUAUUUGGCAGGUACUUAUUAUACCGUGAAGGAACUUUCCAGCAAUAUAUGAAAGUGGGUUCUGUUAUAUAACAGAUUUAGAGAAUUUUUCACAUGGGUUGGUAUUUUUGAAGGAUUGUUCCAUCUGCGGAUUGAGUUAAGAAUUGGUUGAGGAGGAACCCAUUUGGACUUCGGCUACAUUGAGUUAUUAGGGAACUGUACAUAGAGGUUUGGCAUCUGUAGAAGUCAGCUUUGGUACCCACUAAUCCAAAAAGAGAGAACAAAAAGAGAUAAUAUUUGUGCAAGAAAUAAAUAAGCUGAUUGUGAAAUUAGAGUUGAUUCAUUAAUUGACUAGCAUUUCCAGGUUCAACCAAGGAAGAAUUUAGCUUGAGGUUGUCCCUGAUAUGCUAGUUUUGAGGACAGAAGAUUUGAGAAAGGAGAACACUGGCAUGGAUCAGUUUUUGUUUGUAAUCUUACAUGAACCUUUAACAAUUUGGCAUAUUUCUUUUGGAAGAUUCCAAAUUUCAGCAAGGAAAGAUCCAUGUGCAAAAGUCUCAGAAUUGGCAUACUGAUGACAGGAGUUCUGAUGUAGCGGUUGUUUAACAAAAGAUCACUGAAUUUACACAAACUGUCCAGAAACCUGACAAAUUAUUUCAGGGACUUUCUGAGAAAAUAUUAAAUAUAGAGGACUUCAUUUGUCCUACUAAGCAAUCUCUUUUCUCUCCAAUGACAACUAGUAGUUCAGACAUGAGAAGUCUCUAUGUUACCAAGCCUCGGCAUAGAAGUCAGGCUGGCAGGGAAGGUAUUGAAUUUGUACAUAAUGAAUCUCCAUCAAGUUAUCAUUAUCGUAGUGCUGAAUCUCCUGGUAGAAGAAAAGUAGGUGAACUGCAUAUUCACCAAUAUGCAGACCAUAGCACUACUGAUGGUGGUGGAUCUUUGAAGCCAACAAUUGUUGGUUCACAAAGGCAGGGACUACACACAAAUCAGGAGAAUGGUGGUUCUCAUCCUGUUACUAGAGAGCCACAUCAUCAUGGGCAGAAUCGGUCACCAUUACGUCAGCAUUACCAAGGAAGACUGGGGAACAAAAUUGAAGGAGCCUCAUCAUCAUGUGAGAGGAGGAGUACAGUAGAGGGAGGGACCUCUUCACUAUCAACACCUGGGAGGUCUAAGUUGCGUGGAGCAAAUGCUCGAACUCCUGAAACUCCUGACAGAAUCGCACCUCUGCCCAAAUUUGGUGACUGGAAUGAGAAGGAUCCCACAUCUGCAGAUGAUUUUACUCAUAUAUUUAACAAGAAAAGGGAAGAGAAGCUUACAGGAGUUUCUCCAGUUCCAGCCAUGCCAGCGGGGACUCCUACUAAAAUUAGAAGUCAUAAACCAGCGAGUGUUUCACAGUUCAAAUCAUUGGUGCGGUGUUGCAUGGCACCAAGGACUUUUGAGUGAGUAAACUAGAUUUUCCAUCAGUCCUCUUAUCAACCUUCAAAAAGUCGAGUAGGGUUCCUAUUUGACUUUACUAUCUUGGAAUUGUUAAUCCCCUGCAGCUGACUUGUUAUAGUUGAGCUUUUUUUGUAUUAAUGUGAAGGAUGCCCUGUCUAACUCAUCAGCUAACUGGUCACUUGCUAUCAGCUAACUUGUGAAUAGCUAUUUUCUCUCAUGGAAAAUGCAUACAUGGCGGCAAAAUAUAUCUAAUAAUCAGUGUAUCACUGCAAGGCUGUCCAACUGCCUAUGCAAAAAUAGAGUUGCUUUAUAAACCUUCGAAGGUUAUAUUUUUGUAAUCUGCCAAUGUAAAUGUGGAACCAAUGCUUAAUACUUAUCCUACUCUUUAAAGUUUCA